GGAGGGAGUUGUCUCGACGCCGCUGGGUCGCGACUAUAAAGGGGAGGGGAGGAGGGAGUCGCGAAUGAGACCGCGUCGUGAUGUCGGGAGCGGAGCGCGUGGUGCUGGUGCUGGGAGGAGCCGGGGUCGUGGGAUCCGGGGCCGUGCGCGCCCUGCUCGAGCGAGGUUUCCGUGUGGCUGUCAUCUCGCGAGAUGAGGCGCGGCUGGGGAAGCUCGCUGAGGACGUCCCGGAGAGCAGCAAACCCAGACUCGUGUCGCUCGUAGGGAAUGUGGGCUCGGAGCGCGGAGCCGAGAAGGCUCGCACCGCGCUGCUGGCGGCCGCUCCCGUCAUCACGGACAUCGUCUCGUGUCUCGGCUUCAGCUGGUGGCAGGGGGGGCCCCUCCUCGACCAGGACCUGGCUGAGCUGCAGCGGGUUUUCCAAAACCUCCUCUUCAGCACCUUCACCGCGUGGAAAGUCUUCUUUCCCCUCGUCAGGGCAAACCCGAGUGGCUCCUACACCUUCGUGACAGGCGGCGCGGGAGACCGCCUCCUCACGGCCGGCACCGGCUUCCUGACGGUGGGGGCCGCUUCGGCGCUCGCGUUCAGCAAGGUGGUGCGCGAGGAGUACAGCGACGCGGCCUGCGCCAUCAACGAGGUGAAGAUCAACAUGGGUGUAGUGCCACCGGACCGCGUGUGCCCGGGCUAUGUGGACCACCGCGCCAUGGGCCACGCGCUCGCCGCCGUGGUGGCCACGCACGGGGGCACCGGCCGCUUCGUGUGCAUCAGUUCCACCGAAGACGUAGAGGCCGUGCAGGCCACUGGCGGCGCCACCGCUACUGCCGGCUCCACAUGAGCCAAGGCCGGCUGCUCGUCCUCAUAGGCCCCCGACGAGCCCUCCCUAUAACUUCCAUCCGUUCCUCCAGCCCUAGCAAGCCAAACCAACAGAGCCACUUAAUUAUAGAUUAAAGAUAUAAUCGUGUCUUUAUUUACCCAGGAAAGCAUCGGUCUCAAAACAAGUAGGAACAGUUCUUGAGAUAUGUAGCUUGGUGUGGGAGGAGUCUGGAGUACCUGGAGAAAACCCACCACGCAUAUGAGGGCAAAUAUACUUUUCACUCCGCAUAAAUUUAAUCCCUUGCUGUAUUGCCAUCUCCCGGCCACGUUGCAACCCCACAUCUACAAGCCAUGAUAUUCCCAGGCAGUCCUUACCUUGUGUUCUGACAAGGCUCAACCCCUGCUUAGCUUCUGAGAUCCGCAGAUAUUGGGCGCAUUCAGUCACGAAGGUUCCAGUCUUCGCAACAUCCAUCUUGUCAUAAUUCCCGUGCGGGUUUUCAUAUCUAGUGGAAAUGUGUGCGUGUAUUCACCUCAUACACUCACCCCAAUUAUGCAAUUUCCUGUUUUGAGUUUGGAGACAUGGUCACAGCAGUUUUGAACUAGAUACUUCAUGAGAAAACCUUCGUUCAUAAAUGUGUGUGUACAAAUGGCACACACGUGUACGCCCAGACACAGAGUACUGGUUCAAGUUACGUGUACAUGUCCCAUUGUGAUGUAGGGCAUGCGCACUCAAACUGUGUGUCCCACAUGGUGUUGGCCACACACUCCAUCGUGUGCCAUGCCGUCCUUUAUAGGUGCUCGCUAACAGCACUUGCCUCAACAGUCUGCUGAAGACUAUAUAUGGGGGAUGUUUUUCUUUGUGUUUCCCACAUGACCCCACAUGGCAGAGAGCACAGCAGUAAAUUAAAUUAACAUAGGACGGCCGCUGAUGAGCUCGAACCAAUGAGUGGAGAAGGAUGUAGCUUCUGCUUCAAAGCCGUGACAAGUGGAGGUAUUGGGCUGUCUCGGCGUGUCAGUUGUGUCAGUGACACAGGACGGACUAAAGGAUCUCAAGCCGUAUCACAAUCAUUAGGAAGCGUGCAAGGUGUAUAGAUUACAAAAUUGUGUUUGAGCGGAGAAGACUGCUAAAAUACCCAAAAUUUACGUAGCGAUACACGCGUUAUGGUUGGGUGGAAGUGAGAGGGCUUUGCAGCUUUUGGAAAUCGUGGAGUGAAACCGCGGGUGUGUGGGGAAGAUGAGACGCGAGGCACGUGCGUUCGGUCCCGUGGCAAUGGGGGCAAGGAGCGCCCAGCCCCGCCCCCUCCAGCUCCCACCACCUGAUUGGCUCACAGCGAUGACGUCACAAACGCUCUAUGAUUAAGACCGGAAGCGGGUCGAUCUCUUCACAAUUUUGGCAAAAAUCGUCCGAUGAAGCCUGGAUGUGUGGCACAUUGGGAAUGGACCACUCUUUUAAUGAUUUCCUUGUGCAGCAAGGGAGUAAAGUGUGGUUUUGUGAAAGUCCUUAUGUGCUGUGCAGUACAUCAAUGCACGUGUGCGAACACUAGCAUGCGAUAACGGAGUUGGGCCUGUAGGGGGAUGGCAGGGUUAUUGAUUAACCGCACUUGGACAACCAGCCACACGGUUAAUGGCGACUCGGUUGAGGAUUGCUGUGUGACACACGUGCUGUUGCAUCUUACAGGUAAAGGACCCAAAGGUUGUUUUUGAUCGUUAUAGAAAUGUUCUAGACUUGUUCUAGACUUCAAGCUUGGAUUUGAAUUGUUAGUUUGUGAUAUAUUCAAUUGGAUGGGUUUUAGCACUGUGCAUUGUAAAGGAUGACGUACUGCAGUUAAUACUUGUAAUUCUUAAUUCUCUAACCCUAAUACUGUUUAUUCUAUAACCAUGCCCAUGCACCCAGUGUAUGACUACUUGCAAUGCUAUUGAUAAUAUUACACAUGUAGUAAGUUGUACAAUGGUGACAAAUACAGUACGUAUACGGUACACAUACAGUACAGAUAAUGGGUGUAAGUUACCGAUAUAAGUGGAUGGUAUAGAUAGACGUACAGCUUAGGAUUAACCGCACUUGGACACCAGCCACAUGGUUAAUGGCGACUCGGUUGCAGAUUGCUGUGUGUGACACACGUGCUGUUGCAUUUUACAGAUUAACCACAAUAAAUGUGUUUGCCCUCGAUUUGGA